AUGCGGCGGCAGCAGGGCAUGCGACUAGAUGAGCGGUACGUUUCGUACUUGCAGAUAGCUGGAUUAUACCAUCUUGCGAGACUGAACGAUAGAUGGUUCUGGUUAGAUGAGCCCCUUGUCAGUGCCUUCGUCGAGCGGUGGCGUCCAGAGACGCACACCUUCCACAUGUCGUUCGGAGAGUGCACGAUCACACUUCAGGACGUGGCGUACCAGUUGGGGUUGCCAGUGGACGGGCGAUAUGUCAGUGGUUGCCUUACAGAUUUUCAGAUAUACAUCCAGGGUGGCCGUCCAGCUUGGGUGUGGUUCCAGGAGUUGCUUGGAGUGAUUCCUCCUCUGAGCCAGGUUCAGAAGUUCGCAGUAAACUGCACCUGGUUCCAGGAGACUUUUGGAAAGUACCCCGCGGGAGCCGACGAGGAGACUGUGCGCCGCUUUGCUCGUGCCUAUAUCAUGAUGUGGUCAGGUUACAACCCUUCCGGUAGCAAGAAGGGACCUAGAGUGUAG